AUGAGAGGAGCUGCUUGCCUUGCAUUCGAUGCAUCCACCCGCAAGGGGAACAGGGGAUUUGUGCAAACACAGGAAAGAUCCAAGCAGCGGAUAGGAUCACUCAUACUCCCACACCGGCAAAAUCAAGCACCUCCACCACAAAAUGUAUUGCCACAGCAAAAUGCACCGCAUUUUGCCCUUGGAGCCGUCUCAGUGGUUGAGCAGUUUCGUAGGUACAAGCCUUCCACUUUUGACGAUAAUUCUGAACCACUGGUUGUCGAAGAGUGGAUAAGAGGCCUGGAGCACAUAUUUCGACACAUUGCUUGUAUGGAUGCACAGAAAGUAUUAUGCGCAGAAUUUAUGUUGAUUGGAGCAGCUGGUCACUGGUGGGAAUCUGUUUCACGUACAAGGACGGAAGAGCAGCAACGUAAUCUGACUUGGGAGCAGUUUAAAGACGAAGUGAUGGCAAAAUAUUUCCCACAGGCUUUGAGGGACUUUAACGAAUCAGAAUUUCUGCAGCUCAGACAGGGGAACAUGUCACUUACUGAUUAUGAAAGACAGUUUAAAUAG